AUGUCGAAGGCGAAGAACAAUAAUGGUUAUCUUGGAGUCACUGAGCCAAUCUCGCUGAGUGGACCGACUGAGAAGGACCUUAUGCAGACAACUGAGGUUGAAAAGUACCUUUCAGAUGCAGGACUCUAUGAGAGCCAAGAUGAGGCUGUCUUGCGAGAAGAGGUUUUAGGCAAGCUGGACCAGACUGUGAAAGCUUGGAUUAAGAAGGCUACUAGGAUCAGCGGGUUUGGGGAGCAAUUUGUGCAUGAAGCAAAUGCAAAGAUCUUUACAUUUGGUUCAUACCGUCUUGGGGUACAUGGCCCUGGUGCCGACAUUGACACCCUAUGUGUUGGUCCAAGACAUGCAACUCGAAACGAGUACUUCUUCAGAUGGCUUCACGAUAUGUUAGCUGAGAUGCCAGAAGUUUCCGAGUUACAUCCAGUACCAGAUGCUCAUGUGCCUGUUCUGGGGUUCAAAAUUAAUGGGGUCUCUAUUGACCUUCUGUAUGCUAAUCUUGCUCAUGCAGUGAUUCCUGAGGACCUAGAUCUUUCUCAAGACUCCAUACUGCAAAAUGUCGAUGAACAGACUGUUCGUAGUCUAAAUGGGUGUCGGGUUACUGAUCAAAUUCUAAGAUUGGUUCCAAACAUUCUGAGUUUUCGCACAACCUUAAGAUUCAUAAGAUAUUGGGGCAAGCGCCGUGGGGUUUACUCAAAUGUUAUGGGAUUUCUGGGUGGUAUAAACUGGGCAAUCCUUGUUGGUCGCAUCUGUCAACUGUACCCAAAUGCAUCACCGAGCAUGUUGAUAUCUCGUUUUUUCCGAGUCUACAGCAAAUGGAAGUGGCCUAAUCCUGUCAUGCUUUGCCAUAUUGAGGAGGGUUAUCUUGCUCUCCCUGUGUGGGAUCCAAGAAGAAAUUACAGAGACAGGGGCCACCAAAUGCCUAUUAUUACACCUGCUUACCCAUGCAUGAAUUCCAGCUACAAUGUAUCUGUUAGUACUAGGUAUGUGAUGACCCAAGAAUUCACGCGAGCGUUUGAGAUUUGUCAGGCCAUAGAUGAAGGAAAAGCAGACUGGGAUGCAUUGUUUGAGCCAUAUCCAUUUUUUGAAUCAUAUAAAAAUUAUCUAGAAGUUAAUAUCACAGCGAGAAAUGAAGAUGACCUCAGGAGUUGGAAAGGCUGGGUGGAAUCUCGCCUUCGCACUAUUGUAUUAAAGAUUGAGCGAUAUUCACAUGAGAUGAUCCUUGCACACCCGUAUCCCAAAGAUUUCUCAGACAAAUCCAGGCCCUUACAUUGCUUUUAUUUCAUGGGUCUUUGGAGAAAACAAACCACCCAAACUCAAGAAGCUGAGCAAUUUGACAUCAGGGGAAUUGUAAAUGAGUUUAAGAAUACUAUUUGUGCAUAUCAACAGUGGAAAGAAGGAAUGGACAUUGAAGUGUCCCAUGUAAAAAGAAAAGAAAUCCCUUUGUUUGUUUUUCCUGGUGGAGUGCGUCCUUCUCGUUCUUCUAGAACAGCGCACAAGAACAGCCGUACCAUUCCAACAUGUGAUGUUUCAGCUGAUGAUCAGGUGGGAAACCUAUUGGGCGUUGCCAGUUGUAGUGAUGCUCAACCUAUACCAUGUAAAGGCAGCUAUAUGAAGCAACCAGAACCAGAUUGUGCUGGAGGCUUUCAGUUGCCGGGAAGUACGUCUGUGUUGGCCCCCAGCUUACCCAAUAAAGUAGCUUUGAAUGGGUCUGCUUUUCAUGCAGAAUCUGUUGAGCGUGAACAUCCAGAAUACUAUCAGGAAAGCAAGUUUGCGACUGUGCAGAAUGUUGUUUGCCAUGUAGUCAAGCAACCUAACAGUUUGCUGCCAAAUUCAAACAACGGUUGGCAAUUGUAUGGAUCUGAUUCCUCUCUUAACAGUGCACAAAGAGAAUGUGGAGGCAGUGCUGCAAACAACUUGCUGAACUUAUCCCCAGCUAUUCCAGCCACACCUGAUGAACUUGAUGAGCUGGUAUCCCAUCAUCAAGUUAAUGCUAAUCAGAAAGAUGUAAAUGCUGAACGGAGGCCAUCUUUGGAGAUAGGUUCUGAAAAUAACUUGGAACAAAUAUGCAGUCUGAGGCCCCAAGAUUCUAAUAAUAAUCUGAAGCGCAAAGCCAAUCAAGAGCUCGAGCCACUUGAGCUUACCGCCCCAUCCACUGGUGCUGCGCCGCAGUCGACAGCAACUGCCCCAAGAAAACCACUCAGAUUGAGGUUGACGACUUUGGGCAAACCGAAGCCAGCUGAAGGAACUUCCUGA